AUGUCCUCAAAGCGCAAACGCUCUUCUGCCACCUCGGCCUCUGCCAAGGCCACCUCCGCAAGCAACAACGACGCGUCGAUCCACAAGCAGCCUCGCAUCACUCAAAAGGCCUCCUCAACAAAAGAAGCCAGAAGACGCAAGGAAUCUCGCUCAGACGAAGAUGACGACGACGACAAUGAGGACAACAAUGACCGUCAGGAUGACCGCAAGAACAGACACGAUUCCUCUUCCAACAAUAACAACAACACCAGCGAUAAUGAGCGCGAACAGGUCCGUUCCAAGGGCGUCAGCAAGAGCAGCUCGUCCUCACGGAAAGAAAAGUCAUCAGCAGCAACAGCAUCAGCAACCAAUGCCGAUCCUUCCGAGAGCAGUGCAGACAGCUCCCAGUCAACGACACCAAAGUACAGCUACCCAAUCAACCCCCCACCUGUCGGACGGCCUGUGCGGAUCUAUUGCGACGGUAUUUACGACCUCUUCCACUUUGGACACGCCAAGGCCCUUGAGCAGGCCAAGAAGGCCUUCCCAGACGUCCACUUGCUUGUUGGAGUGUGCGAUGACCACAUGACUCACAGCCACAAGGGCAAGACUGUCAUGACCGACAAGGAGAGAUACGAGAGUGUACGCCAUUGCAAGUGGGUCGACGAGGUGGUUGAGAGUGCGCCCUGGUUCGUUGACCAGGCUUUCUUGGACAAGCACAAGAUUGACUAUGUUGCUCACGACGACAUUCCAUACAAGUCUGUCGACAGUGACGACGUCUAUGCCUUCGUCAAGAAACAGGGUUGCUUCUUGCCUACGCAGCGAACAGACGGUGUCUCGACAUCCGACCUUAUCACAAGAAUCAUUUUCGACUACGACAAGUACCUCAGAAGAAACUUGGAGAGAGGCAUUGACCGCAAAGAUCUUGGAAUUGGAUUUUUCAAGGAGCAAGAGGUCAAGCUGAAAAAGUCAGCACAGGACAUUCGUGCUUCGAUCCGUCAAAACUGGCACGGAACCAAGGACGAGCUCAAGACUGAGAUCGCUGUCCUCAGAAACGAGCUCAAGCAGACGAUGAGCAUGUGGGAGGACAAGUCACAAGAGUUCAUCAGGGACUUUUCAAGACUCUUUGGUGCUGACAGUGUUGUCAACAAGAUCUUUAGAGGACGUCGUCACGGAAACAACCUGAUCACUGACGGAAGCAUGUCCAGCCCAUCUAACACUUCGUCGAGAAUGGCCUCGCCCGAUUCGAGAGACGGAUCAGGAGAUGAGGACGGAUCCAGGAGCCCCCUGAGCAGGAGUCGGGCGUUCUUUGGCUUUGGUCGGGGUAGCGGCAGUGGCAGCGGUAGCGGCGUGAGCAUGCAGCGGAGUCGGUCUAAUAGCUCGUUGGAUUCUUAUGAUGACCAAAGUCCUCGAUCUGAAUCGGAGGAAUGA